CGUCAAAGUCUUCUUGUCUUCUUCGUCGCUGCGUCCACUGCAAGGCGGACCGAAAAUGCUGUGCUCGCUCGGAAUUGUACGUGCAGGAAGGCCGUCUGCGAGACUGGCCGCAGCGGCAGCAAGGCGAGGAACAGCAGCAGCAGCCUACUUUUCAACUUCGCGCAUCAGAAUGUCGAACAGGUUGAGGAUAGGUUUCGUGCCUGAGCACUUUUCGACACCCCUCCACUUUGCUCAAACUCGCUUCGGCCUCGAUGCAGAUCUCAUAGAAUACAAGUCUGGAACCGGUCAUAUGGUACAAUCUUUCAAGUCUAACGAUAUAGAUGUCGGAAUUGGUCUCACCGAAGGUUGGGUUGCUGGACUUGGCAAGGAACAGGUCUCAAGUUCGCAGUCUCCUCUGCCGUACAGGAUCGUGGGAACCUACGUCUCCACACCUUUGUGCUGGGCUAUAUCUACUGGAUCCAAACGGUCGGAAAUAAGUAGUGUUGACGAUCUCAAUGGGAAGAAAAUUGGCGUGAGCAGAAUAGGCAGUGGCAGCUAUGUCAUGGGCUUCGUUCUUGCAGACCAAGAAGGCUGGUUAAGUGACAAGGACGGCGAGCCCUUUGAAGAGUUUGUAGUGCUGAAUGACUUCAAACAGCUAAGAGAAGGUGUGAACGCUGGUAAAGUUGAUUUUUUCAUGUGGGAGCACUUCACCUCGAAGCGUUAUUACGACAACGGCGAGAUCAAACGCAUAGGCGAAAUCUACACUCCAUGGAGUAGUUGGAAGAUUGUCGCAUCUCCAUCUGUAACGUCGUCGCAACUUGACCGACUGUUUGAAAGCGUGAACAAGGGCAUCAAACACUUUAACGAACAUCCGGACGAGGCCGUGCAGUAUAUAAGCACAAGUCUGGACUACUCGAGAGAGGACGCCACCGCUUGGCUGGAUACCGUCAAGUUCCCCAACGAUGUUACAGGCGUGGAUGAGUCCGUGAUUGGCAAGACGGUCGACAUCCUAAGCAAAGCCGGGGUUCUUGACGCGAGCAAAGUGAACGCGAGGGAUAUGGUCGCUAUAUCAAGAAAGUAGUAAAUGCAUGCGUAUCGUCUUUGUUAGGGAAAACCUUUAUGAAGAGGCGAAUUCUGACAUGUCAACCUGGCCAAGCCGCCGAGGUGGAAUAGCUACUAUCACGCAUUCGCAGCGACAGUCUUCUUUCCUCCGCUACUGAUCAGAUCCAGGAAUCCCUUCUUAC